GUAGUUUUGUUUAUGUUGUAUCACAUUCCCAUUAAAAUACAGUGCAUUUUUAGUGAGUACAAUUUAAUGUCCGUAAUUCGUGAUGAUUAGACUUGUCUCAAUCAUCUAUCUUUAUAAUCUACACGUGCGUAUGAAUAGUACGUAUACACAUAUAUCCUUAAAUUCACUCCCUGAACACAGACUACGUCACUUCCGAUGUAAGAACGCACAUUUAGAAAGAUUAAGAAUGAAGAAAAAAAAAUAAAAAGCGAUAGAAAAAACAAAACAAAACACGUGUCUGACAUGAAAGGGAAGCGUGAAACCCUUCAAUAUCUUUAAUGCGUAUUCUUUCCUUUGAAUUUUUUUUCCAUCGUGUCAACGGGGUUUGUUGACAUUAGCAACCACUGUAGCUAAGAAGGCAGUGGUGGCGGAUGUAAAGUGCCGUUAAGAAAUCUAAACCUAAACAGGUGUUUAAUUAGCUGUUAAACUAUAAACCGAUAAUUCAGACGUACGUCGGUGUCAUUAGUGUAACAAUGGACGCAGACUCGUUACACUAUUCCCUGGAACUUGUCGCCGGAAGCGGGAACAUUUUAAACACAGAACACAGAACAGCACUACAGACUUCAUUACUGAUUUUAAGGAAAAAUUACAAAUUCAAUAGAGUUCUUUUUUGGGGUAAAAUUAUGGGAAUAAAGGAGGAUUAUUUUAUUGCCCAGGGAAGAGGAGAUGAUGAGCUGAAGGAUAAAAAGAACCUGUACAGCUUCAACUGUAUGGACUGGUUCCUGCUGCCUCCUGCCACAAUCCCUAUGAUCGAAGAAGUUUCCAAAGCUGCCACUGGUCGCUUCAUGGGCGACGCAUCACAUGUGUAUGAGAAUACGAUCCUCAAAAAAGUAGGAGAUGAAGAUGAAGUGGAGGAAGAACUGGUGAAAACUACUGAGGAGCACAGACUGGCAGUGACGAUUCAUCUGAUUGAUGAUGAAUCUUCUGUGAUACCACGAGGCGCGUUCAUCAAGAAUCCACAUGGCUUUGUUCAGGUCAACCGCUGCUUUGAAGGACUGACAGAAUCACAAGCGGCAAAGCUUGACAGUUUUCUACACUUCAGGGAUCCCAAGACUCUGAAGAAGAAAUCUCUUCUUGAGUUGAGUGAGCUGAACCAAACGAUUGACUUCCUGGACCUUCUGACUGAUGAUGUCCCUAAAGGGAUGUGGAGUCUUCAGUUUGAAAAUGCCAACAAAGUCCUGAUACUGCGCUGCCUGUUGUGGCUGGGAAUGACCUUCUACCAUGUCCCAAUGACACCGCAGCACGGAUACAUCUACAUCGGUGAUGGAGUCAGGAACUUGGACCUUUCCUUCAUGUUGUAGUGAUAAUUUGGUAUGACAUUCAAGAUGGAAGCCUAAGAAAUGCAGCAGUAUGGCAGAUUUUUUAAACAAUAUAUAGCAUG